CGUGCACAGGGAAUUUUGGAUUUUUCAGAAACGAUGCGUGCGUGUGUGGUGAUAGUUUUGGGGUUGCUGGGCGCGCUGGUCGGUGCCCAGGACAACGUGUUGCCGCGCCUCAUCGACCAAUUUUCCCUCGGACAUCCCGCCUUCGUGCAGCUCUACGCCUCGGAACAAAACGUCGACCCCCUCGACAAAUACACGCUCUACAUCUCCAACUUUGAUCCGCUCUCCAUUCUCCAGACGGACGACAUUUACCUGCUGCGCUCGCCGGGACGCCAGCUGAACGACGUGGCCAACUGGGCACCCACCCUGAUCGACCAGAAGAACUACUGGCCCAACGACGUCAACUUGAUGCCCAGCAACGUUGUGGGACGCGAAGGCAUCGUCUGGACGUCCGGUUUCUUGGUGCCCGGAAAAACACAGGGAGCUCUGAACAUUUACUUCACGGACGAGGAUCCCGUCGUGCGAGCCGGAAACCUAGCCACUUAUGACUACCUGGCGUUUUCGUACCACCGCGUGAUUUGGUACGACGUGAACAAGGACGGUCUGUUGGACGCGCUGACCGCCAGGUUCCACCUGCCGACCGUGGGCGAGCCGACCUACGAAAUGGUCUGGAUGGAGAACCCCGGCGGCGACCUGUAUUCCGGCUGGCAGCAGCACAGAAUCACCUACGGCCCCGACGUCCACUUCCGUUUGUCCACCUUCCAGGUGGCGGGACAGGACUUCUUCGUGCUCAUCGUCGGAGAAUUCUUCACCGAACGCCUGGUCGUCUACUACGCCGCCGACGGCUCCGACUCCUUCCUCAGCGACCCCUCCACCAUUCUGUCUGUGGUGAUUGACGACGUGAACGUGGGCCAAAUCUUCGACCUGGAAGUCGGCGACCUGAACCUGGACGGCAAACCUGAGCUGACGGUGUGCGGCUACAACCACACUCUGGGUAGCGUGUUCGUUUUCCCCGUUCCGGACGACUUCCGGUCCGAUCCGUGGGAGCGAAUCGUGAUCGCCGACAACUUCAAGGCUAACCUGAUCAUCGGGGGUCAGUCCAUGACCCCCGGCGCCCCCCACACCUUCUACAAGAGCGUCCAGCACCAACAGUCAGGGGAGAAGCCGUACGUGUUCGUGUCCGGCGACGACGACGGCAGGCAUUACAUUUUGGAGCCUGUCAGCCAGGACCCUGCCGACUGGACCUACAACAAACACCUGCUGGUCGACACCAAUGCCACGACAACAGGCAAAUAUGCGAUUGCCGAUUUGGACAACGACGGCUACAACGAGAUUGUUGCUGCUGGAUUUACCGCCAAUGAGGUUUACGUUUACACCUAUGCGCCUUAAAAUAGGAUUUUUGUCUUGGAAAAUAAAUUAUAAGAUUUAAUGAA